GCCGCCGCCAGCCCCGGCUACCGGCUGAGCACCCUCAUCGACUUCCUCCUGCACCGGACCUACGCCGAGCUCACCGUGCUGGCCGACCUAUUACCAAGAAAGACUGAUAUGGAGAGAAAAAUAGAAAUAGUGCAGUUUGCAAGUCGUACUCGUCAACUGUUUGUUCGUUUGUUAGCCUUGGUCAAAUGGGCUAAUAAUGCUGGAAAGGUGGAAAAAUGUGCGAUGAUAUCAAGUUUCUUAGAUCAGCAGGCCAUUCUGUUUGUGGACACUGCUGAUCGUCUGGCAUCGCUAGCUAGAGAUGCUUUGGUUCACGCUCGUCUACCUAGUUUUGCUAUCCCGUAUGCUAUUGAUGUUCUGACAACUGGAUCAUACCCGCGUCUGCCUACCUGCAUUAGGGACAAAAUAAUCCCUCCUGACCCAAUAACAAAGAGUGAGAAGCAAACCACACUUCAUCAGCUAAACCAGAUUCUUCGACAUCGACUAGUGACUACAGAUCUCCCUCCACAGCUGGCAAAUCUUACAGUUGCCAAUGGCCGUGUGAAGUUCCGAGUUGAGGGUGAGUUUGAGGCCACCUUGACAGUGAUGGGUGAUGACCCUGACAUCCCCUGGCGCCUUCUCAAACUGGAAAUUCUGGUUGAAGACAAGGAAACUGGUGAUGGUCGAGCCUUGGUUCACAGCAUGCAGAUCAACUUCAUCCAUCAGUUGGUCCAGUCACGGCUGUUUGCUGAUGAAAAGCCACUUCAGGACAUGUACAGCUGUCUGCACUCCUUCUGCUUAGCACUUCAGUUGGAAGUUUUGCAUUCACAAACACUAAUGCUGAUUCGAGAGCGCUGGGGUGACCUUGUGCAAGUGGAGCGAUAUCAUGCAGGGAAAUGUCUCUCGCUCUCUGUUUGGAAUCAACAGGUGCUUGGCAGGAAAACGGGGACCGCGUCUGUUCAUAAGGUCACUAUUAAGAUUGAUGAGACUGAUGUCUCAAAACCCUUACAAAUAUCUCAUGAGCCUCCCCUGCCAGCCUGUGAUUCCAAACUGAUGGAAAGAGCCAUGAAGAUUGACCACCUAUCAAUAGAAAAACUCCUAAUAGACAGUGUCCAUGCAAGAUCUCAUCAAAAACUCCAGGAGCUGAAAGCCAUUCUUAAGAGCUACAACGUUAAUGACAAUUCAUUCAUUGAGACGGCUCUUCCAACUCUUGUAAUUCCGAUUUUGGAACCAUGUGGACGAUCAGAGUGCCUACAUGUAUUUGUUGAUCUCCACUCUGGAAUGUUUCAACUGAUGCUAUAUGGUGUUGAUCAAUUGACACUCGAUGACAUAGAGAAGUCUGUUAAUGAUGAUAUGAAGCGUAUCAUUCCUUGGCUCCAGCAGCUCAAGUUCUGGCUUGGACAGCAACGUUGCAAACAGUCUAUAAAACAUCUGCCUACAGUGAGCAGUGAAACUCUUCAACUAGCUAAUUAUGCUAGCCAUCCAGUGGGAAACCUUUCCAAACACAAAUUGUUUAUCAAACUCACUCGCCUUCCACAGUACUACAUUGUUGUAGAGAUGUUUGAUGUUCCUGGCAACCCCACAGAACUAGAAUAUAAGUACCAUUUUCUCUCUGUGAGCUAUGCUGAAGGAGAUGACAGCCCUGCUACUGCACUUUUACUACAGCAAUUCAAACCAAACAUUGAAGAGUUGGUACUAGACACAAAAAGUGGGAAACAAAUGAAAAGUGGUGUCAAGCGCAAGUUAUCUGGUGAUCCAUGUUCCAUAGAACCUAAGAAACCAAAACGGUCGGGAGAAAUGUGUGCCUUCAAUAAAGUGCUAGCUCAUAUUGUAGCCAUGUGUGACACAAAUAUGCCAUUUAUAGGGCUUCGUAUGGAGUUAUCUAAUAUGGACAUUCCUCACCAAGGAGUACAAGUAGAAGGAGAUGGUUUCAGCCAUGCAAUACGUUUAUUAAAAAUUCCUCCCUGUAAAGGUGUAAACGAGGAAACACAGAAGGCUCUGGACCGAUCUCUUCUUGAUUGCACUUUCCGAUUACAAGGUAGAAAUAAUCGCACGUGGGUGGCUGAGCUGGUAUUUGCAAACUGUCCACUUAAUAGCACUUCAUCCAGGGAGCAAGGACCAACCCGUCAUGUUUACCUGACGUAUGAAAACCAGUUAUCUGAACCAGUUGGAGGUCGCAAAGUUGUUGAGAUGUUCCUUAAUGACUGGAACAGUAUUGCUCGGCUCUAUGAAUGUGUCCUGGAGUUUGCACGAUCCUUACCAGACAUACCCAACCACUUAAACGUUUUUUCGGAAGUUCGUAUCUACAAUUACCGAAAACUUAUCCUUUGUUAUGGAACUACCAAGGGGAGCUCAAUCAGCAUUCAGUGGAACUCCAUACUCCAGAAGUUCCACAUUUCACUGGGAACUGUUGGCCCGAACUCAGGUUGCAGUAAUUGUCAUAACACAAUUCUGCACCAGCUCCAGGAGAUGUUUAAUAAAACACCAAAUGUGGUGCAGUUGUUACAGGUUUUGUUUGAUACUCAGGCUCCAUUAAAUGCUAUCAACAAACUUCCAACUGUGCCCAUGCUGGGUCUGACUCAACGCACCAACACUGCCUAUCAGUGUUUCUCAAUUCUGCCACAGUCACCCACGCAUAUCAGGCUGGCUUUUAGGAAUAUGUACUGCAUUGACAUCUACUGCCGGAGUCGUGGUGUUGUAGCGAUACGUGAUGGGGCGUACAGUCUCUUUGACAACAGCAAAAUAGUUGAAGGUUUUUACCCUGCGCCUGGAUUAAAGACGUUCCUGAACAUGUUUGUUGACAGCAAUCAGGAUGCACGAAGACGAUCUGUAAAUGAAGACGAUAACCCACCUUCUCCUAUUGGAGGAGACAUGAUGGAUUCUUUGAUAUCACAGCUUCAACCCCAACAGCCACCGCAGCAACCACAACAACAGCCAUUUGCAAAACAGGCAGGAGCAUCGGGAGCAUAUCCUCUUACUUCACCACCGACCUCCUAUCACAACACAGUGACGCCAUCUCCAUCUAUGAUGCACACACAGUCACCAGGAAAUUUGCAUGCUGCAAGCUCACCUAGCGGAGCUUUAAGAGCACCAUCACCAGCAUCCUUUGGUCCAACUCCUUCACCUUCCUCUCUUGGAAUCACAAUGGGACAAACAGCUAACUUUGCCAGCCCACAUG